AUGAGCAGCAGCGCUGAUCGCAUGGUCGGCAUGGACCAUGCUGAAGUGCGUUACUUUACUAGCUACGAUCACCAUGGCAUUCACGAGGAGAUGCUUAAAGACGAUGUUCGCACUCGAUCAUAUCGCGAUUCUAUUUACCAAAACCGACAUAUUUUCAAGGAUAAGGUCGUCCUUGACGUUGGGUGUGGAACUGGUAUUCUUAGCAUGUUUGCCGCGAAGGCUGGCGCUAAGCAUGUUAUCGGAGUCGACAUGUCGUCCAUUAUCGAAAAAGCACGUGAGAUUGUUGCGGCCAAUGGGUUCGCAAACAAGAUUACCCUCCUUCAGGGAAAGAUGGAGGAGGUUGAGCUUCCAUUCCCCAAGGUUGACAUUAUCAUCUCGGAAUGGAUGGGCUAUUUCCUCCUCUACGAGAGCAUGCUGGACACCGUUUUGUACGCUCGUGACCGCUAUCUCGUCCCUGGUGGCAAGAUUUUCCCCGAUAAGGCCACCAUGUACCUGGCUGCAAUUGAAGAUGGAGAGUACAAGGAUGACAAGAUUGGAUUCUGGGACAACGUCUAUGGAUUUGAUUACAGCCCUAUGAAGGAGAUUGCCCUCACGGAACCCCUUGUUGACACCGUCGAGCUCAAGGCUCUCGUCACUGAUCCCUGCCCAAUUAUCACAUUCGAUCUAUACACAGUCACAAAGGCCGAUCUGGCCUUCCAGGCCCCAUACUCCCUCGUCGUCAAGCGCAGUGACUUCAUCCAUGCCGUGAUUGCCUGGUUUGACAUCGAGUUUGGUGCUUGUCACAAGCCGAUCACCUUUUCCACCGGCCCCCACGCCAAGUACACUCACUGGAAGCAGACUGUCUUCUACCUGCGCGACGUUUUGACCGUUGAGGAGGAGGAACACGUCUCUGGUGUCCUCGUGAACAAGCCUAAUGACAAGAACAAGCGUGACCUCGAUAUUCACCUCUCUUACAAGCUUGAGACUCUCGACCAGACCCGCGCUGCCGAGGGUAGCUGUUUCUACAAGAUGUAA